GGGGGGAACCGGCUGGGCUGCGGCUGCCAACUCGCGCCGAGCGCGCCUGCGAACUCCCGGAGUGGAGUCCCGUGUGCUGCCUCCUCCCCGCUGGGCGCGUUCUCCCCGCGACCCCGGGCCCCGAGGCCUUCCCGCGCAACCCUUCCCCACUUUCCCCCCGUUUUGCAAUCACAUGGCAUUUUAAGAAUGCCGGAAAGAUGGCGGUAGCGGCGGCAGCAGCGGCGGGGCCGGCCGGCGGGGGCGGCGGCCGGGCGCAGCGGAGCGGGCUGCUGGAAGUUUUGGUGCGGGAUCGCUGGCACAAAGUUCUGGUGAACUUGAGCGAGGACGCCCUGGUUCUGAGCUGCGAGGAGGGCGCUGCGGCGUACAACGGCAUUGGAACCACCACCAAUGGCACAUUCUGCAGGGGCGCCGGGCACCCAGGCGCGGGUGCCACGCAGCCCCCCGACUCGCCGGCCGGGGUGCGCACCGCCUUCACCGAUCUGCCAGAGCAGGUGCCCGAGUCCAUCUCGAACCAGAAGCGUGGCGUGAAGGUGUUGAAGCAGGAGCUGGGCGGGCUAGGCAUCAGCAUUAAGGGGGGCAAAGAGAACAAGAUGCCCAUCCUCAUCAGCAAGAUCUUCAAGGGGCUAGCAGCGGACCAGACCCAAGCCCUGUACGUGGGCGACGCCAUCCUGUCGGUGAACGGAGCCGACCUGCGCGACGCCACCCACGACGAGGCAGUGCAGGCGCUGAAGCGCGCUGGCAAGGAGGUGCUGCUGGAAGUGAAGUACAUGCGAGAAGCUACACCCUACGUGAAGAAAGGCUCCCCAGUAUCCGAGAUUGGGUGGGAAACACCGCCGCCUGAGUCCCCUCGGUUAGGGGGCGGCUCCUCAGACGCGCUGUCAUCAUCGACAUCGCAGCCCUUCUCCUUCCACAGAGACCGGAAGAGCAUCCCCCUCAAGAUGUGCUACGUCACUCGGAGCUUGGCCCUGGCUGACCCUGAGAACAGGCAGCUUGAAAUCCAUUCUCCAGACGCUAAGCACACAGUGAUCCUAAGGAGCAAGGACUCAGCCACUGCCCAGGCUUGGUUCAGUGCCAUCCAUUCCAACGUCAGCGACCUGCUCACCCGAGCGAUUGCCGAGGUCAGAGAGCAGCUGGGGAAAACAGGCAUUGCCGGGAGUCGGGAGCUCAGGCAUCUUGGCUGGCUUGCAGAGAAGGUGCCUGGGGAGGGUGAGAAACAGUGGAAGCCAUCCCUGGUGGUGUUGACCGAGAAGGACCUUUUAAUCUAUGACAGCGUGCCGCGGAGGAAGGAAGCCUGGCUCAGCCCCAUUCACAUGUACCCUCUUAUCGCCACCAGGCUGGUCCAUUCAGGGCCAGGGAAAGGAUCGCCCCAGGCUGGUAUGGAUCUGUCCUUUGCAACACGAACGGGUACCAGGCAGGGGAUUGAAACCCAUCUCUUCAGGGCCGAAAUCAGCAGGGACCUUUCCCACUGGACAAGGAGCAUAGUACAGGGUUGCCACAACUCAGCUGAAGUGAUUGCCGAAGUCACCACAGCUUGCACCUACAAAAACCAGGAGUGCCGUUUGACCAUACAUUAUGACAAUGGGUUUUCCAUUACCACUGAACCACAGGAGGGUGCCUUUCCCAAGACAAUCAUACAGGCUCCAUAUGAAAAGUUGAAAAUGUCUUCAGAUGACGGAAUCAGGAUGCUGUAUUUAGAUUUUGGAGGCAAAGAUGGAGAGAUCCCACUGGACCUUCAUUCCUGCCCCAAGCCAAUUGUUUUCAUCAUUCAUUCCUUCCUGUCAGCUAAAAUUACAAGACUGGGCUUGGUGGCCUGAACACAGGGGCAACUUGCCUUUUGAGAGGAGGUCUGCGAGGCCCCUGGAUGUGUGCCAUCAGAUGCCGCGUGCCACAGUCAGCUUUACAUCCUGAGAGUCCUGCAUAAUUGUCCCAGACUCCUCUUGUCAGUUUCACCAACUGCAAGGGGGUAGCCUGAGAAAAUACCACCAGGAACGUCAGAGUAAAACUCAAUGGGUAAACAGGAGAGGACGAUUGGAAAUACACAGCAUAGCUUUCGACAAUCAAGGACAAGAACAGUAGAACAGCAUGUACAGAUCUUAAUCAUACCAGUUUCUAGGCAACUGGUUCACCCAGGUAAGUAAGGGCUGAAUAGCAAGAUGAGAAAUGGACACUUGCUCCUCUCUCCUCCUGAGUAACGACCCCUUGUUUAGUGUGAUUUAUUUCCUACUUCUGAGUUGACUUUCCCUGGUAAGGAGAGACAAGUACUUUAAAUGGAAACCCACCUUUUAUUUAAGUAUGAAACAGCUGUUACUUUUUCUUAAGGAAUUAUCUUUUAGUGAUACAGAAAGAUUCUGAAGUACUCUCAUUAGCAUAUGCUGAGCAGGAAUUGAAUAAAGCCUCAGAUACUGAUCUGAGAUAUAAGCUGGUGGAAUCUGAGCCAAAGUGGACUGCUUAAAUUGCGUAGCUUCACUGAGGAGUGGUGUGCAUGAAGGAUGCUUAAUUCGGGGCUGUACUCACACCAAGGUCCGCUGUGGGGGAGACUGAUAGCUUUAUUUAUAGAAAGCAAAUUAUGGAUAUUUUUUAAAAAGAUUGUCAUUUGAUAUAUGUAUACAACUUGCGUGGGGUUAACUAAUUAUCCCCAUUUUCUGGUUUCCAGUGGAAGCACUGAGCAAUUUAUUGACCCUUGUUUCUGCCUGUGCUUGUAUGCAUGCAUUUUCGAACCAGUAAUAGAGCAACGUCAUAUAAUUGUGGAUGAUACCGGGUUUUAGAUGUAGACCCAGCAUUAUAAUCAAAUCUACUGGCAGCAUCCGCAGUCUUUCAGAAUUCCAGGGAAAGAAUAUAAUGACCUGAUAUUUUUCUACAAGAAUAUUUUCAGACAUACCAUAGCGUAUUAGUGAUUUAAUGCUUUUACCUUUCAAAACAAAUUCAUUAAAAAUACACCUAAUAUUUGACUUCAGAGUCACUUUCAACAAACCUUGAAAAUUAGCUCUAGAAUUUCUAUAAGCAUUUGUAACCCUUCUUUCCCCAUACAGUUUACAUAGACAAAUAUUUUGGGUUAGAUUUAUGUAUUUUUUUUCAGAAUCGUAUUUUGGCAAAUACCUAUGCAAGAGCUUUAAAAAAGUGGAAACUGUGUUAAAGGAAUGGGAUUUUGCUCACUCAGACAUAAGUGUUUAUUGAGUUGCAAAGUUUUAUUUUAGAUCAGCAUUUCCCAAAGUAUGUAUCAUGUAACACUAGUCACAAGGGGCAUUGAGUGGUGUCUUUUGGGGAUGGAAAUAAGAGGUUGGUAAUCAAAAAUGUUUGUUAAAUACCAGGUUAAGAAAAGUUAAACACAUUUCACAAUUGCAGGCCUCCCUGGAGAAUUUACUGUAUAUUGUGAUUCUUCAAGGGGGGAUCCAUGUGCCAUUCCUACAUCUACCAAUAGAACGCCUUUCUAACAGAGCAUCCUGUGAGGCUAGUGUUAAAAAAAACACACACAACUUUGGAAAACACAGUUUUAGGUCACUGAUUUUUUUGUUUGUUUCCUAUUUUAAAAUACUGAAGAGUGAAGUCCCAGGCUGACUAUUGUAAUGAAAGCUUUGAUGCAUUUGUAAAUUAUACUGCUCUCUUUCAUUAUAUAUUUUCAGAAUCACUGGAAUGUUCUUAUACAGAAGAAUUAUACUUGUGAUUGUAAAUAACAUAUUAAAAUACAUAUAUUAAUGCCAAUAGUUGAAUUCAACAAUAUGUAAUCUAAGGUGCUCAGUAGUACAUGAAGUAUGAGUUAAUUACUCAUAAUUAAGUUGCAAAGAUCCUAUUAUAUAUUUAUAGACAAAUUAAAAUGAUCAUAAUUACAAAUAUUUCUUCAUCACUUAAGUUUUAGACUGAUUAAUAUCUGGGUGGAGAUCAGCAGAAACUACAUUCUCUGCAUUUAUAAAAACUUAAUUUAAAUAUUUAUAUUUUAGAAAAAAUAUUUGAAUAAAAUUGAUGCAUUUUCUGAAUUAAAAUGUGUUAUUAGCAAGAAAUAGAAAAUUUUACUAAGAGAAUUGUAUAUGUGAAUCAUUUUAUUUUCUUUCAAGUUAGUGUAUCAUAUCAUAAUGGCUAUGAUGAAUCAAUUUCAAACAUUCAAUUUUUUUCUCAUUUUGAAUUCAACAAGUUACAAUGACUUUACAAUGUAGAUCUUAAUCUGUCUUGAUAUGUUAUGAAUGUUGUGAAUGACACAAACUCAUAUGUCUGGAUCAUGUCUGGGAUAAUCAAUGAAUCACCUGAGGAAUUUGUUUCUGCCCCAUUCACUCUGUGCUCAGUCCGUUCCUUAUGUGAAUCAAUGAAUUUUAAACCCACAACGUCUGUCCCUUUAAGGGCAACCCAACAGAAGACAGUGAUGUUUAACUCUAUGUACUUAGUGGGAAGCUACCCAUUUGUUAGAGAUGUGCUUAGGUGAGCUCUUUGCUGUAUGACAUAUCUUUAAGCCAUCCUACAGGGAUUUAAAAAAGGCCAAUAGGAAUACAGGUACCUAUACUUGUUUUCUGACUUGAACUAUGUAGGAUAAAUAAAACCAUCCACCUAUUAAAAAAACAUCCAGACAGAAGCAUGUAAUGAAUUCUAUCAGUUGAUGGAAUUAAAAGGCUGAGAAAUGCAUGCUCCUUUGUUUAAGCUUGUCAACAUUUCUUGGUUGAAGUCAGAAGCCCGCUACUAAAAUUAAUGUGCCAGGGCCCCUCUAGUCCUUGUUUUACAAAUAUUAGAUAUUCUAUCUUAAGGGGAUUGGAGUGGGGUGGGGUGAGGGAGUAAUUUUUGAAUGU